AUGUCAGGCCCAGACGACAAAUCUGAGGGGCUUAUUCCAGUCAAAGCCGAGACGGAUGUUUCGAUCAAGGCUGAGGAACCUGGUUUCAUCGAGAUCGAGGUGCCUGUUUUCGUCAAGGCUGAGGGGCCAGGUCUCAUCAAGACUGAGGAGGAUACCGCAUGUGACUACAAGAUACCUUUACCAAGUAAAACGGCGGCCCAGGCUGCAGUCGACGAAGCCUUGCAAACAAUUGAGGACAGGCUUGACAAGGGGGAUAUGCAGGCGUGCAAGGACUUUGAAGAGUUUCGUGAAGCCACGCUGUCAUUUGGGGUCAAUAACUGUAAGCCAGUGGAGGGAAAGUGGAAGCUCAAAGGCUUCAAAACACCACUUUACAAUCACCAGUUGAUAGGGGUGAGAUGGAUGUGUUCCCGAGAGUUCCACCCCCGCGGGUCCAAUGGAGGGAUCCUCGCCGACGAAAUGGGUCUCGGGAAGACAGUUCAGCUCCUGGCGUGCAUGUCACAAAACCCGCCUAGUAGUCGCCGGGACAAAACCCAAAAAACCCUCAUCAUUGCGCCAGAGAAGCUGUUGACGCAGUGGUAUCGGGAGAUAUUUGAUCAUUGCGACGACAAAGGCCUGCGAGUGUUGGUCUACAAAAACACCAAUGCAAUGGCCGAUGAUGAGUGCGCCAAUAGUGAUAUCAUAAUCACGAAUUAUGCACAAGUUCAACGCCAAGCUAGCAAAGGCCUCGCCGAAUGUGAGGAGUCGGAGGAGAGUGAGGAUCCUUCAGAUUUUCGAGAGAUCUCCCUGAAGCAGAAACUGCACCGGCAUGGCCCCCCGUUGUUUCGCAUCAACUACUACCGCAUCGUUCUAGAUGAGGCCCAUGCGAUUAAUAACAGGGAGAGCAGCACGUCCCUCGCCUGCAGAUACCUCACAGGCAAAUAUCGCUGGGUUCUAACGGGAACCCCGCUGACCAACACCACAGCAGAGGUAUUUCCCUACCUUGACUUCUUGGGCACCAAGUUCAAGAAGUACGAUACCUUCGUUCAGGCUAUGGGGGGCGUCAAGGGCAAGAUGGGAGACAUGGAAGAACUUCAGAAAACGCUAUCGGAACUUAUUCUGAGACGUCGUGUUGACACGCAACUGAUGGGCGCACCCAUUCUUCAGAUUCCCAAGGCACAUCCGGUUCAGGUUGUCACGGUUAACUUUUCCCCUUUUGAGAUGGAAGCAUACGGGAAAACAAACCGGAGACAGAUGGCGUUGGAGGUACGACGCCAAGCGUAUCAAGACGCCGGUCAACCAUAUGAUCCCGGACCAGAAAAGGGUACAAUGCAAAAGAUUGUCGAUCAUCUCCAAUUCUUCACCUCGCAUCCAGCCCUUGUUGAGCCUGACUGGUAUGAGGACCAGGAGAACCAAGACAAGUCUAGGCUGCCGGAGCUCAGUGAGGUCAAAUGCAACUGCUUCUGCAGAUAUUGCCGGCGAGUCGUGACCCCGGCCUCUAAAUUGGCUGAUUGCGGCCACCCGUUCUGCGCCUCAUGUUUCGGUAACCUCAUAUCCCGUCAUCACAACAAGGAGAAAGCCUGUUGCCCGAGCUGCAACAAGCCAGUCGGUUCUGGUAGAUCAGGCAAGGGCAGCUGUCCGAGUCAUCAGGGCAUGCCUAUCCUGCCUCGCGAUAACGGGCACACUUACCGCCACUUUGGUGACGAUGACAAUGGGUUUCAGCCACGGUUCAGUAAGCAUCAAGAAACCACAGGGAAAGGGACGAAAAAGAAGGCACGCAGAGCGAAGUCUGGCAAGAAGAAGAGGCAUCCAUGGAAGAGAAUAAAAGCAACCAAGACGAAUAAUAAGGGGGGAAAGCAGAAGAGACAAACUGUCCAAACAGUGCAGCAAACACGCGCCAACACGCUCAAUUUCAUGAAGGGCGUCGACUCCCAUCCUUGGGAUCCAGUGCCGCACAGCGCUAAAACGAAGGCGACACUUGACCUAAUCGACGGAUGGCAAUCUGAAGCGCCAGAGGAUAAGAUUAUCAUCUUUGUGCAAUGGAUCCCGAUGCUCUCGAUUUUGGGCCGCAUGCUUACACAGAGCGGAUACCGGUUUGUGUACUUCUGGGGCGACCUGGACCAAAACGACCAAGAGCAGUCUCUAAAGACCUUCAGGAAGGUCCCGGCCGUGAAGAUCAUGCUGGCAUCUAUCACCUGCACCGCACACGGUCUGAACCUCACUGUGGCGAGCCGGGCCAUCAUGUAUGACCACUGGUGGAAUGUCUGUCGCCAGCAGCAAGCCUUCGGAAGAAUUCACCGUAUUGGACAAACCAAGGAAGUGCAUACGGCCAAGAUUGUGGUUGCAGGCUCUGUGGAUGAGAGGAUUAUUCAAAUUCAGCAGGAUAAGGAGACUGCUAUUUCUGGGGUUAUGGAUGGCAUGGACGAGAUCAAGAAGCGGCCAAUCUCGAUAGCUAAGGAGAUCCUGGGGUUGGGGGAUCUUUCAGACUCUAUCGAUGAAAAUGCUGAUAUAGAUGAGGACGAGGAUUACUACGAGGAUAGCGAUGACGAGGAUGAUGAUGAGGAGGAGACUGAUAGCGAGAGCGAAUCCACUAGUGAUGAGAGUGGCAGUGAGAGUGGCUCCGGUAGUGGCAGCUAUGAUGAUAACGAGGAUGAUGGAGAGCACUCGGGGUCGAAGUCGGAUUAG